AACUGCGAGUCGGUGAACUACUCGCACAGCUUCCGUUUUGCUGGUUUUGCUUUGAUAAAAUCGUUUGGAACGUUUAGAUGCGGGUGUUCUCCCCGAAAAUUAGCGAAAAACAUUUCUCAUCGAAACCGAAAAUCAACGGUCAAUGGCUGCGAAGCUGAUAACGUCCUUGGUUGAAGGAGAGCAACCGGUUGAGGAGCUGUACGGAACAUGGCGUACCGGUUACCGGGCGGACACCGACCAAGGGACGUUGGAAAUACUGCAACUGGCGCUAGAUUUGACCGGUUUCUGCUACGAACUGCAGCUGAAUGAUGUUGGAAACACGGCGGAUUUGCGGGAGUUUGUCCGGUCGAAGCUCGUCAAGUCGAGCUACCAAGAAACGGGUGUGUUCGGCAAAACGGCAAACCAUAAACGCAUCUUCCAGCUGCUCGAGAUGAUGAUUGCCCGCGAGUACCGGGAACUCCUGUUGGACAACAUUUGGCUAAACUAUUUUGUUCGAGUUCUGAUCGCCUUUUGCGAGUCCAACGAAGACGAAUGCAAAAUGGUCGGUGGCUACCUCAGCACCUUGGUUCUGGUGAACAUGGUCUACGUGCGAAACCAGCUAGGGAACCAUCGCCGGUCACCGGACGAUGACGAUGAAACUUCGCCGGGUGACACAGAACAGCAGCUGCGUUAUGUGCAUAAAGUUUGCAACAUGAUGCUGCGAAACGUGGAAGGCAGCAGCAGUUACAAAAUCACUCUUCCGAUCAUCAGCGAAUUGAUCUGUCGAACGCUGGAAGCCUAUCCGAAGGAAUGCAUCAUCGAAAACUGCAUGCUGGAUGUGCUGACCGCUUUUCUGCAGCACCGGAAUUGUAAGAUGUUCCAAACCGUGGCCAUCUGCUUGCGGAACCUGCUAAACACCGACAUCCACAAGGAGGAAGUGGCCAAUCGAGUGGCCAAAUAUUUCCUGGGGGUACCGGAGAAACGGUUCACCCAGUCGAUGUUCACCUACAAAUCGUGCGAAAAGGUUUGCAUGGAGGUGAUCGUGUCCAUUCAAAGGCAAAACUACGGCAAGGCCGUUUUCGAUGAAGCCGUAGUGGAGAAAUUGCGCCAGCAGAUGUUUCAUGCCGACCAUGUGAUCCGAACCUAUGCCAUCGAUUUCCACGUCGGAACCCUGUGCAGCCCGGAUGAUACGGACAACGGCAAGAACCUGGAAAUUCUUCAGCAUAUCCUAAAACUGUAUGUACGGUAUGAACACCGUACCGAUUUGCUGUCGGCCCUGAUCACCGACCUGUGGCAGUUGGAGUUUUUCGAUGAGUGGGACAUGGUGUUCAAGUUGCUUGAGGAGGAAACGGCCCGAAAGGACAAUCACUUCAUGAUGUACUCCGUGGUGCAUGUGAUAAACCAAUGUUUUGCACUGCUGAUGAAUGAUCUGGAUCAGAAAGGUGGUUCGCAACCUAGACUGCUGGGGUUGCUCCGGGAUUUCAUGCAGGGUUACCCAUGGAUCCUACAGAAAUGUUCCAGCUAUGAGCAUGCCUACAUGAUUUUACUCCAGUCCGCUGAAGCUACCUUCCACGAGCGGAUCAAACAGUACAACGUCAACGUCGAUCAGUACUACGACGGGCUGUUCGCAGUGCUGGAGGAAGUGGCUCACAGUGGUCGCAAUUUCAUCAUGCUCAACAAGAAUCUGGCGGUGAUCCGGGGCUACUGGAACAUCAUCAUGGACGUCGAGCAGUUGUGGGCCGAACUGCUGCAGCACUAUACCAACGAGCUGUUUGAAACCAGAACCAAGAUCAACAGUCGUAACAUUGGAAAAUGCCGUGAGCUAUGCGAACAGUACGCCGACUGUGUCACCCGAUUGACCGCCUUCCUGGAGCUGGAUCUCGACGUCAAGUCCCAUCUGCCCACUUUGAGGAACAUCGUGUUCAACGAUUUCCGCCUGUUGGACAAAAUGGAACUGUCCAGUGAGCAAAAAGCCAUGUUCUACCGGUUGUACAAGUGUCUGUUUCAAGUCAUCAUUAAAGCCAUGCAAGCCGACCAACAAACCGCCGCCGGGAAGGAAACGUUCGAAUCCACCCCGCGACAAACCCGGCAGCACCUGAACAAGCGCGUACUGGAGCUGUUGCGCGUAUUGAUCAAACAGCUGCAGAAGUACGACGAAUCGCUUGACACCAGCGUGCACAUGUUCUUCAGCCUGUGCGAUAUGUUGCUCCUGACGCAAGCGGCCACGGCCGAACUCGGUAUCUCCGAGCUGGAGGGCAUCGUUUAUGCCGUCGAACCGACACUGCUGCAUCGGAUGGUGAAAUUUUUGCUCAACUAUAUCUUCUCCAAACAGUACGAUUGGCACGAGGCACCGGUUUUGAAGCAGAAGCAAAUGCUUACCAAAUACACGCAGCUGUACGAUCUGCACAAGUCGCUCCCGAGCAUCACCGACGCGCACUACAUCGUGGUGCACUUUGCCAUCGAUACGGCCUUCGACCGGCAGCUGAAGGAUCUGAUGAAGGUUCUGCACCGGGCUGACCCGUCGCAGUUCUGCGAGGUCAUUGCCCAGGCUGCAUUCCAGCUGCUGCAGGGAUACAAAUCGGAAGUCAGUGUUAAGAGUUUCUUCAAAAAGUUCCAAUCGUUCGCACUGACAAAGCUGACCGCCGACAACAAGGAGGAAUACCACACGAUUAUGGCCAAAGUGGUGGAGAAAAUGCUGAACAACCUGAUGCACGUUUUAUCCGAUCCGGAACCGACGGUUGAAGUUAAGCGUAUGUUCAAGCUGAUUGAACCACUUUUGCCUGAAGUUCCCAUUGAAGACCGGCUGUCGAUGGAACACCUUCUUAUGCGGCACCCGGAGUACGAUCGGUUGCGUGAUGCAGACCGCAGAGCGGUUGAUCGUUUUGUGGAGCGAUUGAACCCCCAGCAGCAAGAGCACUAAAUCGAAAAGGAUCGGUUUUUUCUUUAAAUGACUACACUUUGGACUGGAUCCCGAAUUCGUUUAUAUUUUUUUUUUUUAUUUUGGAACUAUACUGAGUUAUUGAUUUGUUUUCAAUAUAAGUAGAUGGAAUACAUUGCCAAG